AUGCAAUAAUAAAACAUAUCUGAUAGUUAUGAGGACAUUCAUUUAGAUGAUGAUUAAAAUACUGAAUUUUGUAUGCAAGAAAAGAAUUCAAGAUGUUAUAUAUUAUAAGAAUCAUCUUCUGAUCAAAAAUCUUAAGGAGUAUUAUCAUCUUUCGAAUCUAACCAUUAUUCCUUAGAAAUUAACUAUACUUAAAACAAUAUAAACCAAUAUUAAAUAAGAGAAUUUAAUACAUAUAAUUCUCAAAAAGAAUAACCCUUGGAAGCAGAGUUAAUUAAUUAGAUAAGAAUUGAAGAGCUAGAAACUGAAUAAAUGUAGGCAAAAAUUCAAAAAACAACUAAAAUUCCUAAUUCUGAGGCUCCAAAUUAAUUUGAUUUAUAGAAUAGAAUAAUUUUGCAUUCUUUAGGACCAGAUGGAGAUUCUGAUGUAUAAUGUUUUACUUUUAACAUAAUAAAUGAAUACCUCAAAUAAUAAAUUAUAAUUUGUUAUUUUGAGUAGCCAUAUCUAUAUCCAUAUCCAUAUUAAUAAUAGAAAUAUUUUGCUAAAUGGAAUUAUGAUUUAAAUCUUGAAUUAAUUCCAAAAAUUUAACAAAGUAUUUUAGACCCUAUAAAAGAACACAUUUUUAAUUAUACUGCAAGGAAUGAGAAUAUUAAUAAACUCUAUGAUGAAACGAUUCAACUUAUUAAUAAAUUGAAUAUUAUUAAAAUAUAUUGA